AUGGGAAAAAAUAACGCGGAUUCUUAGAAUACUCUUUAUAGAUAGAGUAACUAUUUUGUUAUCAACAAAAUCUUCAUUUAAAACAACCGUAUCUUUGGGCUCUAUUAUUAUUUUUAUUUGGUUAAUCUCAAUAUAUGUACUUAUUAAUAACGUAUCAGUACAAUAAAUUUAAUAAAUAAUUAACUUUAAGAUCUUCUAAUUAAAGAUAUAAGAACUCUAAAGAAUAUAAUUAAUUAAUUUUUUUAUUAGAAUGAAGCAUAUUCAAUUAUCUAUCUUGGAAUGAAAGGAACUCAAGAAAUGGCAAUUUAGAGUAUCCACAUGUGGGAGAUCUAUUAGGAAAUUUUGGAUCUAAUGUAUCCAUACUAUUUAUGA